GCGGCCCCGCCAUGGCGGCGGAGGGGGAGGACCCGCUGGGCUAUUUCGCGGCCUACGGCAGCUCCAGCUCUGACUCGGAGCCCGAAGAGCCGCAGCCCGACGAGCGCCCGGCGGGAGCCGCCGCGGCCUCGGGGGGCACCCCGGGGCGGCCGCGGCUGCCGCCGCCCGACGAGCUCUUCCGUCGGGUGUCGCAGCCGCCCGCCUUCCUCUACAACCCGCUCAACAAGGAGAUCGACUGGGAGAGCCGCGUGCUGCGGGCGCCCGAGGAGCCCCCCAGGGAGUUCAAGGUGUGGAGGAGCAACGCCGUGCCCCCGCCGGAGACCUACAGCCCGCCCGAGAAGCCGCCGCCGCCGGCCCCCACCCUCGACAUGGCCAUCAAGUGGUCCAACAUCUACGAGGACAAUGGCGACGACGCGCCCCGCCAGGCCGGCAAAGCCAAGUUCCUGCCGGACGAGGAGCAGGAGCCCCUGGAGUCUGAUGGUGAAAAAGACGAGGAACCAGCUUCUGCUAAGAAACGUAAAGUAGAGUCUGGAGAACAGGCGAAGAAGAAGAAGAAGAAGGUAUAAGCAGGGUGUUUUGGAUUUAGACAUAAUGAGAAUUUCAAGGAACUUGGAUUCCUCUGCUGGAAUGGGAAACAAAUACGUGUUUACUGCAUUUGUCUCUCGGGUAGGGAAUUUUAUUUCUGUAGUGUGCUUGCCUUUUGGAAAGCACAAAAUUAAAUGGACAGUGUUGUGGUAGAACUUGUUUACUGAACAAAAUUUAAACCUGUUUAUUUGAAACAAGGAUUUAGAUGAAAGAUUCAUUGCCAUGGAUACUUGUGCUCGUGCAGGUUACAGGGCUUCACAGUAUUUUGUUUAUCAAGAAACCUGGUAACGUGCAUUCUUCUGGACUGACUUUUCCAUUGUGUCAAAACCUUUUAUAAAGGAGUAUAUACUAAAGAUUUUUUAGGUACUGGUCUGUGAUAUGUUCACAUAAUGUUGUUUUUAAAUAUAUGUAUAGACUGCAAAUAGUCACUGGAAUAAAACUACAUUUGAAAACAUCUGUGGUAUAAAUAUUGCAUUGCAUGCUUGGUGAAUAGGAGCAAUGAAUUGUGUAUUAUAUGCCAUUCACUGAUAUGUGACUUAACAGAUUCCUCAGGGCUUUUUUGUUCAAAUAAAUACACAACUACAAACUGAAAAAAAUGGA